AUGGCUUCCAAAACCCAUCUCGACAAUGUCGCCCCGUUCAUCAAGGACCAGGAUCACAUUACCUUCGUCACACCGUCAUCCUCCAACUAUGACACUGUGCGCGAGUCGUACAUCCUCAACACGGGCAUCACUCCCCUCGGCAUAGCUCGACCCAAGUCUGCCGCUGAUGUCGCCUCCCUGAUCAAGCUUUGCACAACUCACUCUAUACCCUUCACUGUUCGUUCUGGCGGACAUGACCUCUUCGGCCGAUGUUUUGCUCCAGAUGCCCUCGCAAUCGACAUGCGCGACCUCAAUUCUGUUACCAUCGAUGAGGACAACAUGACUGCUACCAUCGGAGGCGGCAUCGUCGCGGGUGACCUGGCAAAAGCUCUGCAGAAGAGGUCUUUCGCAGCACCCAUGGGCAGUAUUGGGAGCGUGGGGUAUAUUGGUUGGGCUAGCCAUGGCGGAUAUGGCCAGCUUGGAAGCGAUUAUGGGCUUGGUGUUGAUGGGAUUGUGGGAGCCACAGUCGUCAAUGCAGAAGGAAAGGUUGUUGAUGCAGAUGAGGAGAUGCUUGUUGGUAUCAAAGGCGGAGGAGGAUGCCUUGGAGUGAUCGUGGAGAUGAAGAUCAAGGUGGCCAGAUUGGAGAAGGUCCUGGCUGGAUUGAUAGUGUACGAGUCAUCCGACCUCACGAAAACAGUCUCAACGUUCUACUCUGGCUACCAAGCUCUUGACAACUCCGGCAAUAUACCCUCUCCUCUAGGCAUCCAGAGCAGCGUCGCCAAUAUUCCCGGCCUGGGCAAGUCCUUCCUAAUAGGCUUCCUCUGGAGCUCUCCCGACAUGGAGCACGGCCAACGGGUCCUAGACCAGCUCAAAUCGCUCGGGACAGCCAUCCACGUCGACGUCAAGGAAAAGACGAUUCCGCAAUGGCAAGCCGAUACGGAUGCUCUCGUUCAUCACACCACAUACGGAAGGGAUACAUCCGUCAGUCUUCAUAAGUUCACGAACGACACGCUCGAGGUUGUAGGCAAGCAUGUCGCCCAGAUGCCGGACGAUCCUGCCACGCUCUUCUCGAUCCACGAACUCCGCGGCGCCUCCUCUUCCUGCUCAAGCUCCUUCUCCUCGUCGUCAGUCUUCCCGAAUCGCAUACCUCAUCUCGUCGUGGAACUCAUUGCUUCUUCUUCGACGUCCGAAGGUACAAAGGCGGCGUGGGACUGGGCGUCUGCGUUCAAACGAGAACUUGAAGACGUGGCCAGGAAGGACGGCGUGCUGUUGGAACGGACGUAUGUCAGUCUUACGCCGCCGGAGAACUACGAUUUUGAGGUGUUGUAUGGGGAUAAGUGGGAAGUUCUCAAGGAGUUGAAGAGGAAAUAUGAUCCGGGCAAUGUGUUUGAGAGAGCGGUGGUGAAGUUUAGGGAGGAGGAUUUGAAGUGA